ACGUCCCCGAGCGCACACGGCGUAGAGGAGAGUACAGCGCACGAGUCUCUGGAAGGGAGAUAACGGUUUCUUUUUUUGUCCCCCCUCUCCACUCAAACAACAAGAACAAACCAAACCUGAUUUUAGGGGGGUCUCACAGAGUCUUCUGAUCAUCAGGAGGAGGGAAGCGAGGAGCCGCAAGUUUUUUUUUCUUUUUUCGUUUUUUUUCUCUUUUCCUUAAAAGAGGAUUCUGUGCUUCGCGGUGGUUUGUUCUCCGCUCUCGCCGCAAAGAUGAUGGUCGGAGAGGUCGAAGUGAAGGAGCGACCGAGGCCGAGUCCCGACUAUUUAAUGCAAUUAUUGAACGAGAAGAAGCUCAUGACCAGUUUGCCAAAUCUCUGCGGCAUCUUCACACACCUAGAGAGGCUUCUGGAUGAAGAGAUCAACAGAGUGCGUAAAGACAUGUACAGCGACACAGUGAAUGGCCUUGUGGACAAACACCCACUGGAGCUGCCCGAACCAGUCGGACCCAUCGUUCACCUGCAGGAAAAACUGUUUGUGCCUGUCAAAGAGUACCCAGAUUAUAACUUUGUGGGGAGAAUCCUUGGCCCGCGGGGACUCACAGCCAAACAGUUGGAAGCAGAAACGGGAUGCAAAAUCAUGGUGCGAGGAAAGAGCUCCAUGAGAGACAAAAAGAAGGAGGAGCAGAACAGAGGGAAGCCAAACUGGGAACACCUAAAUGAAGACCUUCAUGUCCUCAUCACAGUGGAAGACACACAGGCUAGAGCAGAGAUCAAGAUGAGGAGAGCAGUGGAGGAGGUCAAGAAGCUCCUUGUACCUGCAGCGGAGGGAGAGGACAAUUUGAAGAAGAUGCAGCUGAUGGAGCUAGCUAUUCUCAAUGGGACAUACAGAGAUAACAACGUCAAAACACCCACCCUUGCGUUCUCUCUUGCAGCGGCGGCAGCAGCCGCUCAGGGCCCUCGCCUCAUAGCGGCCCCCACAGGUCAGGUGUUGCCUCCCCCGGCACUGCGGCCUCCGACGCCAGCCGGGGCCCCCAUCAUGAACCUCAUCCGGCCCACUCAGAUGGCUGCCAUGCUGCCCAAUGGCACCCCCACCCUGGUGCCUCCCACACCGGAUGGCGGGCUUAUCUACACCACCCCCUACGAGUACCCUUAUGCCUUGGCACCCACCUCCCUGCUGGAGUACCCCAUCGAGCACAGUGGGGUUCUAGGUAAGAGAGCCUGGGGAAGCAUGGGUGCAGCAGGUACAGCGACCAGCUUUAGCCAGCCUGGACAGGAGGCCAGCUUGUUUUACCCCGGAGCUGGGGUGCUGGACGCGGCUUCCAUGAGCCACAGUCAGGACUUGUUGAAAGGUGCAAUGGCUACUAAAGUGAGACGGCAUGACACGCGGGUCCAUCCUUACCAAAGGAUUGUGACCGCUGACAGAGCCGCCACCGGCAACUAACACAUGACCUUCUGACCUCUGAACUCUUCACCCAAUGACGAGCCGCCCCAAGCCUGCCUGCUGAUCAGUUAACUGGUAAUUGCCUUUUGCUAGCCUCUCGGACGCAAGUGUGAGAGAGAGAGAGAGAGAGAGAGAGGCGCCUGCCCGUACAGUUACCCUAACACAUUCUGACAAUAAAAAAAACAAAACAAAAAAGAGAGAAAAAAAGUAGAAACCAAUGCAGAAUCUUCACAGAAACACAACGAAAACCCAACAAAGUUGUGUGAUAUUCAUAAAUAUUUUUUUCCCUUUGUUCAUUGAGUUCGAUUCCCAUUCUUUCUCUUUCUUUUUCUUCAUGAAUCACACACUGGGUGGACGUGUUUGUGGUAUGACUCAUAAAUCUGCACUGAAUUACAUAGCAAUAAAGACCCCCACCCCACACACCCCACCUCCCUUCCUCUAAUUACUCUGAUGUGGUGACCUCACUUGUAUGAAUCAAAGUUGAGUAUUUAUUUGACGCAAACCAUUUGGUUUCAGAGUAAUGGCCCUCAGAUUGACAGCCCCUCCUCCCCUCCCCUCCCUCAAAAUAUAGAUAUAAGAGCGUCUACCUGCUCCCACCCUGUUCCAACACCCACCCACGGGGAGAGAAAAAGAAACAGAAGGAAAGAGAACAUACACUCACAUUAACUUGUUUAAUUUCUGUCAUUUUCACGUGUAGUUCAGUUGUUGAGCUCUAAGAUGUAAUUUUGAGCUGACACAUUCUGGGUGUGCCCCUCUAAACAGCUUUCUGUCUUUGUUUUUAUUUAAUUUUUAAAAAAAGCAUGGCUGAAAUGAUUGCUAAAGGAGCUUUUUAUGAUUUAUGUGUUUUGUUUUUCUCCUGUCUGUUUUUAAUGCUUUUUUUUUUUUUUAAGUCAUUUUCUCCACUUGAUUUUGUCCUUUUUUUCCCCUGUUGUUCAUAUUUGACUAAUUAGCUUUUGCUUAAACCUGACCAGCCAAAACCAAGGCGAGGUGGUUAGCUCUAAAGCAGUACGCAAACUGAUGUUCAAAGCAGGCCGCAGAAGCUUAAGAAAUGAUGAAGGGCAAGAUGGGAAGGUCACUACUUGGGCUGAUGGUUCUUUGUGUGUUUUUGUGUGUGUGUUUUUAAUUAAUACUACAAUGAAAGUAGGGUGUGUUGAGGCUUCGGGGGGAGGGAGAGGGAAAUUGCCCCCCAUCCACACUACAUCCACUAUACAGUGCCUGAUGUAUUUUGACAAAAAAAAAAAUCUCAAUGAGUUAGCUGAGCUGUGAUCACAAAGACAAAAAAAAAGUAUUAAGUGUGCAUAUUUAGCCAAAGGGUUUGCCAGUGAAUUAUAUAUCUGCAGUUAUGCAUCUGUCUCACAGAGGGCUCUCUUUGUGAUUUUUAAGAGUUUAAAAGGGUGUGAAUUUUUAGUGCCUGCCUUCAGCUGUAACAGCCAGCCAGCCAGCCAGUCAGUUUAGAUGAUUUCUCACCCAUUACUGCUCUGUUUUAUUCUAAGGUGAAGAGAUGCUAAUCAACACUAAAUCAACAUGUUACACAGUGACAGCAAAGGGGGGAGGGGGGCACUUUGAAGUUCUGUACAUAAAUGCUUUUGCCAUGUUACCUGGAUUCUAUAUUAAGUUGUUUCAUCAGCCACGUUGCCAAACAGAUGUUUUAUUUUGCCAUUUUUUUUCCAUCUCCACGUUUGACUAAUUCUUUUUAAAUGUAUUUUAAGUUUUAACCCCAGUUUGAAGACAUUACAUGAGUUGAAUCGUGCAGUUGGCAUAAUCUGAGCCUACUUGCAUUUUUGUGUUUUGGUUUUUUUUACUGAUGAAAUUUCUUAUUUCUUUUCUUCUUCUUUUUUUUAAACUCGAGGUAAACGAUCCAAAAGCGCAUCCACAAUGUGUCACACCUCCCUGUGAUCAUAGUCUAGCUUCUGAGCCCACAAACUUUGUUUAACUCUCUCAAGAAAAAAAUAGGAUGUGAAAGCCAUGCCUGCCUGUUCAAAUUGCUUUAUACAUACGUCUUAUAUAUAUAAAUAUAUAUAUAAAUAUAUAAAAAUGUAGAUAUGUCAUUGCAUAUACAAAUACAGAAGAGAACAAAAAAAAAAAAGAUAAUUUUACAGGGUGCUGGAGAUGAGAAAAAAUAAGAUCUAUUUUUGGCAAUUUUAGCUUUUGAUACUUUACUUGCAGUUACAAAAUCAGAAAAAAAUAAAGAAAAAAAGUUUAAAACAGU